ACCGACGGGCGCGCAGCUCAGGCGAAGCCAGCUUGGGGACUACGAACUCGUUCCUCCUGCGUUUAUUGGUAGUUGAACCUCAGCCUGGUUCCGUUCUACCGGGAAUUCCUUGUGCUCGGGUAUAUGGCCGCGUCUGCGAGCACGCAAGACCAGGGUUGGGACAGUGUUGUCUGCAGACAAAGGGGGAAGGCUAGCUCUGCCCCCCACUGGCGCCCACUCUGAGGCCGAGGACACCAGGUUUAUGAUAAAUUGGGAUCCAGGUAAGCAAUUGCAUGACAAAAUGGAAAUCUUUGGGCAUGGGGCUGUUUGCUGCCCUGAGCGGGAUACUAAAUAUGAUUUAUUUUGUGUAAUCUGUGAUCUUGAUUAUUGCCAAUUGGUGAGGCAGCCCGCGUAGACCUAGAUACACUUCUACAUAUACAUCGAGGACGGUGAUUAAUCGUAAGGAGGUGCGCUUUGUGGGGAUGCUCCCCGCCUACCCAAAGAUCCACCUCAACAGAAUAUCAAAAGGAACCUGAAGAGCCUACAAAAAGAGUUAGAGACAAAAUGUGACAAAACACACACACACAUAAUUGUGGUCACCUGGAGCCUGGGGCUGCCCCAGCUCUCUCAGGAUUUGGCAGACAUUGGAGGUGGUGGUGAAGGAGACAGUGGUGGUCAAUGUUAUUUGAGCAGGGUCAGCAGGCCCCGGAGCUUCCUGAGUGCACGAUGCAGAAGGCUGCUUACUAUGAAAACCCAGGACUCUUUGGAGGCUAUGGCUACAGUAAAGCCACUGACACUUAUGGCUAUAGUGCCCCCCAUCAGCCUUAUCCACCUCCUGCUGCUGCCAACUCCCUGGACACUGAUUACCCGGGCUCUGCCUGCUCCAUCCAGAGCUCUGCACCUCUGAGAGCCCCAGCCCACAAGGGGGCUGAACUCAAUGGCAGCUGCAUGCGGCCUGGUACUGGGAACAGCCAGGGUGGCGGUGGUGGAAGCCAGCCUCCUGGUCUGAACUCAGAGCAGCAGCCACCACAACCCCCUCCUCCACCACCCACCCUGCCCCCAUCGUCACCCACCAAUCCAGGAGGUGGAGUGCCUGCCAAGAAGGCCAAGGGUGGGCCCAAUGCUUCUGGCUCCUCAGCCACCAUCAGCAAGCAGAUCUUCCCUUGGAUGAAAGAGUCCCGACAGAACUCCAAGCAGAAGAACAGCUGUGCCACUGCAGGAGAGAGCUGCGAGGACAAGAGCCCGCCGGGCCCAGCGUCCAAGCGGGUACGCACGGCGUACACGAGUGCACAGCUGGUGGAGUUGGAGAAGGAAUUCCACUUCAACCGCUACUUGUGCCGGCCACGUCGCGUGGAGAUGGCCAACCUGCUGAAUCUCACCGAGCGCCAGAUCAAGAUCUGGUUCCAGAACCGGCGCAUGAAGUACAAGAAGGACCAGAAGGCCAAGGGCAUCCUGCACUCGCCGGCGGGCCAGUCCCCGGAGCGCAGCCCUCCGCUCGGCGGAGCCGCGGGCCACGUGGCCUACUCAGGCCAGCUGCCGCCCGUGCCGGGCCUGGCCUACGACGCGCCCUCGCCGCCCACCUUCGCCAAAUCUCAGCCCAACAUGUACGGCCUGGCCGCCUACACGGCGCCGCUCAGCAGCUGCCUGCCGCAGCAGAAGCGCUACGCGGCGCCCGAGUUCGAGCCUCACCCCAUGGCGAGCAACGGCGGCGGCUUCGCCAGCGCCAACCUGCAGGGCAGCCCGGUGUACGUGGGCGGCAACUUCGUCGACUCCAUGGCGCCCGCGUCCGGGCCCGUCUUCAACCUGGGCCACCUCUCGCACCCGUCUUCGGCCAGCGUGGACUACAGUUGCGCCGCGCAGAUUCCGGGCAACCACCACCACGGACCGUGCGACCCCCAUCCCACCUACACAGAUCUCUCGGCCCACCACUCGUCUCAGGGACGCCUGCCCGAGGCCCCCAAACUGACGCAUCUGUAGCGGCCGCCACCGGCCUGAACUCUCGGCGCAAUUACCUCUUUCGCUCGGGUGGUGGGGGUGGUGGGGGUGGCGGGCGGGGCC